UGCUGCUCGCGCUUAUUUUUGACGCAACAUUCAAGGAAGUACAUGAAGCUAGUGAGCUAAGAGCUAAUUUGUGCUUUAAAUCGAUGUUUAACCUUCUGUGUUCUUUUACAAAAUCUGCAGGGACAAAUGGAAACCUGGACCAUUGUGUCCAUUUGCGUUCUACUGGGUCUUACUACGAGAUGGACGGUGUCUCUUAAUUCGUAUUCAGGUGCAAGUAAACCACCGAUGUUUGGGGACUAUGAGGCUCAGAGACACUGGCAGGAAGUUACGUACAAUAUUCCCGUUCAUCAAUGGUACUUCAACACCACGGAUAAUGACCUGAACUACUGGGGUCUGGAUUACCCCCCGCUAACAGCCUACCAUAGCCUGCUGUGUGCACACGUAGCCAACCUGAUAAACCCAGACUGGGUCAAGCUGCACUCGUCCCGAGGGUUCGAGAGCCCGGCCCACAAGCUGUUCAUGAGAGCAACAGUGAUUGUGGCUGAUAUCUUAAUAUAUAUUCCUGCGGUUGUCGUCUAUUGCUUAUAUCUCGCUGAAGGAUCAGCAAAAAGAAAGGCUUCAUCGCUGCUCUGCGUCUUACUCUAUCCAGGCCUCAUCUUGAUUGACAACGGGCACUUUCAAUAUAACAGCGUGAGUUUGGGCCUGGCCCUUUGGGGCGUGUUGGGCCUGGGGCUGGGAUGGGACCUCCUCGGCUCCCUGGCCUUCACGCUGGCUCUCAACUACAAGCAGAUGGAGCUCUACCAUGCCCUGCCCUUCUUCUGCUACCUGCUGGGGAAGUGUGUCAGGCAGGGCCUCGCCGGGAGGGGCCUGACCGCGCUGGUGAAGAUCGCAGUGACGGUUCUGCUGUCCUUUGCUCUCUGCUGGUUACCCUUCCUCUCCGACCCGCAGCAGGCCAUCCAGGUGGCGCACCGCCUCUUUCCUGUUGGCCGCGGGCUUUUCGAGGACAAAGUGGCAAACACAUGGUGCAGCUUGAACGUGUUAAUUAAGAUAAAGACUUUCCUGUCCCCUGAGACACAGAUAUACCUCAGCUUGGCUGCCACCCUCCUGGCUGUAUCCCCUUCCUCUGUGAAGCUCCUCUCCAAACCCACCUUUUGGCAGUUCAGACUCGCCCUGGUGAACUCCUCCUUGGCCUUCUUCCUCUUCUCUUAUCAAGUCCAUGAGAAGUCCAUCCUCCUGGUGGCCUUGCCUGUGUGUCUCCUGAUGAAUGAACUGCCUCUGGUGUCAGUCUGGUUUUUACAAGCCUCUACUUUCAGCAUGCUCCCGCUCCUCCUCAAAGACGGCCUCCUCCUGCCAUACAUCGUCACCUCCCUGGGUUUCCUGUUCUUCGGCUCGCGCCUCCUCUCAGUGCUGGACCGCAGUACCACGGACGACCUGAGGCUGGCGCCGCUCUGUGGGCGGCUCGGCGUCUGCCUCCCGGGGGUGACCUUCUCCUCGCUCGUCAAAUGGGGAUUCGCCUCCUCCGUCCUCGCCAUGGCCGCCCUGACCCUUGCCAGUGCGGCGCUGGCCCCGCCGGCCCGCUUUCCGGACCUGUUCCCCGUACUGGUCUCCACAUUGGCCUAUGCCCACUUCCUAGGGGCAUUCGUGUACUUCAGCGUUGUACAGCUGCUGGAGGCCCCACGAAGGAGCAGCAAGAAGAAAGCAAACUGAAAGGCUCCGCCCGCUAGACAAACAGUGGGCUCAUCUGUGUCCAGGUCCGGUCCGGUCCGCAAAAUCAUCCUCAUGAGAGAGGAGGCGCCCCUCAUUCCACUUUCGUUCUACAUGUCAGGGGUCUACAGGUCUGGUACCAUUUUUUAAAAUAAAUUUUCUUAAAGCGUUCCGUUA